GGACGUUAAUCCUACCAGGCUGUGAAACAUUUUGACAUGACAUGCUUUGAAAUAUUGCCUCUGCUGAUGCAAACCCAGUGCCGGUUUACGAAGAGAAUGUAAAUAUUCUCAUCGUCACAGAUUUGAGGGCUUUACACGAAUGUGGAGCGCAUUUUACGUGCGGAACCUGAUGUAAGUUACCUAACGUUUCGAAAGUGCAGUAGGCUACGUGUUUUCGUCAAUGAUUGGUCAACAGAGACAGCCCGCCCCUGCUCGAUUGUAUAUAACAUCGAAACUUCUCACCAACGCUUCGCCUUGCUAAAGUAAAAUGUAAUAGAUUUGCGUUCCGUUUUAAUUUUGAAGGACGCCGUUUCCUACCAUAUACGUCGUUGAUAAAUUGGAUUAAAAGCGUUCAUGUGAAUUAGCAAAAAUGUUCCCUGGGAGUAAAGUUUUAAACGACAAAGGCUUUUGGCCAUGCAUUGGAAUAACAGCUCUUAAUGUCAACAGCAGCUCGGGCGGGCUGGGUCGCAAGCCACUGGUAAUGCCAGAACUGAAACCCCAGAACCAGUUUACAGGGAACGGACUCCAGGGCUCGGUACCAUCCUCGCCUGAGCCGGAUUGCGAGGAAGUACAAGAUGAAUACACGUCCAUCUACGACGCCCUGGAAAUGGACACACGAGAGAUUAUUGACAUUUUCUUAAAAAACGUUACUGGAUUCCCUCAUUCUAAAAGUGGGAAUAAACAGGUUCUGGCAACGAUGAAUCGGGUUGUGGAAAGUCUUGUGAUGAAGCACGAACUGGCUUACAAAGGUAUGAUUGCACGUCUGAAUCUGGAGCAGAAAGGAGAAGAUGUGAGUUUCGUCAAGACUGUGGCAACAGAAGUCUUCAGCGAUGGCAUCACAAACUGGGGUCGCAUUGCCAGCCUGCUUGCUUUUGGGGCAGUGGUAUGCAAGCAUCAGAAUGAUAAAGGACUUAGCAAGUGUGUGAGUCUGGUGGGGAAAGAGAUCUCUUCCUAUCUUCUCACAACCCAGCGGGACUGGCUGCUCAAAAACAAUGCAUGGGAUGGCUUUGUGGAAUUUUUUCAUGUCCCAAAUACAGAAGCGGCUGUGAGAAACACAUUGAUGGCCAUUGGCAGUGUGGCUACAUUUGGAGCUGCACUUGCUUAUUUGAUACGGUGAAUCCAAAUGGACUUUGUGACAGAUAUUGAAAGACAAAAAGAAUCUAUGUGAAAAAGUUUAAGUGUAUGAGAAAUCAGUUUUUUUUGUCAAGUGUGUAUAAAACUGGUUCAAAGUGAUCUUUUGAGAAAUUAAGCUAUUUUUUUUAUUAAAAAGUGAAAUUGAAAAAUUUCAGCUGUUCAGAUCUGAAUUGUUGAUCUGCAUGUGCAAGUAACAUUUUUAAUGUCAGUUUUUGUGUGCAGUUUACACAAGAAUCAUAUGUUAAAUUGCCAAUACACUUCCAGCAGUGUUCUGUAUGCUAUAUAUAUAUAUAUAUAUAUAUUGGAUAUUUUGAAAAAGAUGGCAUACAUUAGAAUUCACAAAUACUUGUUGCAUCUGCUAUAAAAAGUUGUGUAAUUAGUCAUUUUAGUACAACACCUUCACAUUUUCAUAGUCACUUUUUGUUUCAGAAAUAUAGUGCACAUAUAUCCCACUCAUGACUUCAGGUGCUGGCUUUAGCUGAUAAGUAAGCUUUAAAGCUUUUAUCUAAAAGCUAAUGGUGAUUCUGUUUUGAGUCCUAGCUUAGGACUAUGAUAGCUAACCACAAGGCUACUAAAUGUUUUCAUUUCCUGCAGAUGGACCUUUUGGAUACACUGAGAAGUUUGAGAAGUAGUUAUGGUCAUUGACCUUUUUCUGUGAAUAUACUGUUUUCUAAACUGCAAAUUAAACCAUUUUUAAAAAAUUCUUAGUUGAUUAAUCCCUUACCACAGUUAACUGUGUGGCUAGGUAAUAAGUCCAAGGUUUAUGUGCUUUAUUUAGCCCAUUAUUUGUAGCUUCAAAGGUUUUCUAGAUUUUUCAUCUGUAUGUUGUAGCAGACUUGUGUAAAUGGCUAAAGAGUUGACAAUUCCUGUAUAUACACUCAUUCACUGUCAUUGCGGCCUUUGGCAAAAGUUGCACUGUGCUGUGGAAAUGUUUUGGGAAGUUUGACAGUAUAUAAAAAAUAUAUUUUUAUUUUGUCACCCAUAA